AUGGCUACUACUUCAGUAAAAAAUCAUGUCGACGAGCAAGAGCGUGAUUCCGCUCCUGGACCAUUAGGAUGUAAAUAUGACGACUCUUUGACGGAGCUGCACAUUCAACUUGUUGUCCCCGGAAUCCGGGAAAAGUCUUUCAUGAAGGCCUCAAAUACUCAGGUUUUUCUGAAAAGUGACUGCACGAGCCUGAGCUGUCAUAUCGAAAUAAUCAAAGUCAAUAAGAAAGUGAAGCCUCCGAUGAAGACGGUUAUUGAUAGGCGAUUUUAUGAGGUUGAGAAAUUCCCUGGUGAAAUAUCUGAUGUCUCCUUUCGAUUGAAGAAGAACUGCUGCAUUUUAAUUAUUCGUAAAAAGGUACCUCAGUCCUGGGCGAAUUUCAUGAGCCAGUCUGGUUUUUGA